AUGUCGCUGCAUUAUCCCCAGGGAUACCGAUACCGAUCCGCAUCGAGGGCAGGCGGUGGGGCCGGGGAGCAAGGCUCGGACAGUGACGUAGCGGAGCUCAGCGAUCUCGAGGAUGACGAGGACGAGGAUGGAGCUCGUGACAUCGCUGACAGACGAGCGGUCGUGGAGGAAGAGGACGACGACGAAGACGAGGACGACGAGGAUGCUGAGAAUGGCGAGGACGACGACGACGACGACGACGGUGACGAUGACGAGGAUGACGAGGAAGACGAGGAGGAGGAAGCCGAAGUGCUGCCCUAUCCAGGUUUCAUUCCAAUUGCGCUCAGGUACCUCGAUCAGACCACACGACCGCGCAACUGGUGUCUUGCACUCAUCACUAAUCCGUGGUUCGAAAGGGUGAGCAUGAUGGUGAUCCUCCUGAACUGCAUCACGCUCGUGUACCAGCCGUGCGUGGACGAUCAGUGCGUGACGAAUCGAUGUAAAAUACUGCAGAUGUUCGAUGAUAUCAUUUUUGCCUUCUUCUCGUUGGAGAUGACCAUAAAGAUGGUGGCGAUGGGGAUUUACGGUAAAGGAACUUAUCUCGCGGACUCCUGGAAUAGGUUAGACUUCUUUAUAGUGGCGGCUGGCGCAUUGGAAUACUGCCUAAACGUGGAAAAUAUGAAUCUGUCGGCCAUACGAACGAUCAGGGUUUUAAGGCCGUUACGAGCGAUCAAUCGAAUACCAAGUAUGCGGAUACUGGUGAUGCUGUUGCUCGACACCCUCCCUAUGUUGGGCAACGUCCUGUUACUGUGCUUCUUCGUUUUCUUCAUAUUCGGCAUCGUCGGCGUGCAACUGUGGGAGGGCAUACUGCGCCAGCGUUGCUUCCUUAAGGCUCUGCCCAACGUCAAAUACCCUGAGUUACUCUCGGACGAGUACUCGGUUCGAUCACGCAUUUACAAUCUGGAGAAGUAUUUCGAGUAUCAGGGUCAGGAUUACAUUUGCUCGCGCCCCGAUGACAGUGGUAUGCACUCCUGCAGUAAUUUGCCGCCGCUCAAACUUGGAAACGUGGUGUGCAACAGUACCGCAGUGCCGAACAGUAACGUCACGUUCAUCAGCAAUGACACCUGCGUUAAUUGGAACUACUACUACACCGAAUGCAAAGGCCAGGGCAACAAUCCGUUCCAAGGAACGAUCUCAUUUGAUAACAUCGGUCUCGCCUGGGUCGCCAUAUUCCUUGUCAUUAGUCUGGAAGGAUGGACGGACAUAAUGUAUUACGUGCAAGACGCCCACUCCUUCUGGGACUGGAUAUACUUCGUUCUCCUAAUAGUCAUCGGCUCGUUCUUCAUGAUUAAUCUCUGCCUGGUCGUAAUCGCGACGCAAUUCUCGGAGACGAAGAAGAGGGAGAUGGAGAGGAUGCGGCAGGAGCGCGCGCGCUACCAUUCGACCUCGACUCUCGCGUCGUCCACGAAUACCUCGGAGCCUACUACUUGUUACGCCGAAAUCGUCAAAUACAUUGGCCACCUCUGGCGACGGGGGAAACGAAGACUGAUGAAGAGAUAUCGCCUGUGGCUGUACAGGAGGCAACAGAAGCGGGAGAAUUUGCUUAAAGAGCAGCAAAGUCAAACGAUCCGCUCGAAUGCCGCUACUGGCGGUCCGAAUCGAAUACCGGGCGAUAGAAGACUGCAUCACGGAAGAUGUCCGCGGCUUCUCGCCGCGCUAGAAUACGCCGAGCAGCAGCAGCAGCAAGUGGCUGUCAGUAACGGCGGAUCCGUCGCCGAUUUCGCCACGAUUACGCCCCCGGUACAAUCGGCGGUAGCGAUCGCUGCCCCCGCAAGUGCCGGUAACAGCGUCGGCGGUAGCGGAAACUUGGGUACUGCACCCCGUGCCAGUCCCGAGGUCUCCGAGGCUGAGGCUUCCGCGAACACGUGCCACGGACUGAGCGUGCAUCGUGCCUCCUCCGCGUCUUGUAAUGGGAGCGACAACGUUGCCGUGGGAAACGCUGCUGAGACGAACAGCACGUUGUUGAGUCCACCAUGUACGCAUUAUCGAAGAAGAAGCAGCGUAAUGUUUAGCGACGUGGUACUGCUCCACGGCAGCAAUAAUGUCGGGAAUGCGUUGCAGCCGGGGACGGUGACGCCGGGCGAACGUAACGUCUGCUCGAGUGAGAAGAUGACGCAGACGGGUGAUGGUAACGUUUGGUCCAGUCCGCUGCCGGACCACGUACAGAUGCAAGCCGAACUGGGCGGCAACGAGGCCAUGACGUGUCAGGAAUUGUUGGCCCUCAGCGGUGCUCUCAGCGCUGCCCUGCCCACCGGCCAGCUAGCGCUCGAUUCGUUCCUGAAUUCCCUCACGAAAGGUAUAACGGAUCGUCACAUCACGUUAGAUGACCGCACGCAGUGGUUGACGUCUGACAUCGACAACUGUUCUUGCUGCUGCGAGAUGCAGGGCGAUCAGUGGCCAGACGAAGGCGAGAAGUGGCAAAAGUCCUCACGCGCCAGACGGUUCUUGGGACGUGCCGGAAACUGCUGCAUCUGCACGCUGCGCUGCAUGAGACGGUGGAUCAAGAAGCUUGUCGAGCACAAAUACUUCCAGCAGGGUAUCCUCCUGGCGAUUCUCAUUAACACCUUGAGUAUGGGAAUCGAGUAUCACAAUCAGCCGGAACAAUUAACGGUGGCCGUUGAAAUCAGCAAUAUCGUGUUCUCGGCGAUCUUCGCCGUGGAGAUGUUGCUCAAAGUUAUAGCAGAGGGCCCGUUCGGUUACAUCAGCAACGGUUUCAAUGUCUUCGACGGUAUCGUCGUGAUCCUAAGCGUGGUCGAGCUCUGCCAGGCGUUCGUGGAGGAGCGUGGCAGUGGAGGCAGUUCCGGUCUGAGUGUCCUGCGUACCUUCCGUCUGCUCAGGAUCCUGAAGCUGGUGCGGUUCCUACCGAAUUUACGACGGCAGCUCUUCGUGAUGCUGCGCACCAUGGAUAACGUUGCCGUAUUCUUUUCUCUUUUAGUACUUUUCAUCUUUAUAUUCAGUAUUCUCGGGAUGAACCUGUUUGGUUGCAAAUUCUGUGAAACGAUGAAAGGCAGCUCUGACGUCGAGUGUGAUAGGAAAAACUUUGACUCGUUACUCUGGGCUAUUGUGACGGUGUUUCAGAUCCUCACGCAGGAAGACUGGAACGUUGUUCUCUUCAAUGGUAUGCAGAAGACAUCUCAUUGGGCCGCUCUUUAUUUCGUAGCGCUGAUGACCUUCGGCAAUUACGUUCUCUUUAAUCUUCUGGUUGCCAUUCUGGUUGAAGGUUUCUCGUCGGAGAGAAACGAGAGGAGAGAACGCGAGCAAAGGGAACUGGCAAAGAGGCUCGCUGCGAAGGAGGCUGGAAUAGGCAGCGAGGACGGGUCAUCGAGAAUAUCGGGAUCGCAUUCGAUUUCUGAUAGCGAUACUUAUACCCAGGAUCAAAAAAACUCGUGGCAGAGCGCGGAGGAGCUAAGGAAAUACAAGGAUAACAGAGAAAAGCAGAAUAGCGUGUGGAAGCAACGGAUCGAUGAACCCAAAUGUAACAUCCAGAAAGAAAGCAAGAUGAUGGGUGUGCCCCCGGGUCAACCACCAAUAAUCACUCAUACGGCGGCCACUCCUCAGGACUCGCCGAACACCACGCUGGACGUCGGCUACAGAGACCUCAAUUGCCGCGCGGUUUAUCCCGCAGCUGCCCUUUCAAUCGAGUCCAUCGAUCGGUCCGGUAGUCAGUGUAGUAUACCCUCGGGGUUGCUAAAGCUGCCCGACGUGUCUAACAAAAUACCGGCGAAUAACUUAAUAGCUGGACAGCUUCCGAGACGUAUAAGCCUUGUUACGGCUGUUGUUAAUCCCUCGACGAGGGACUCGAGUUCCAGUCCGCCGAGGAUACAAAGAGGAUAUUCGUGGCGCUUGUCACGGCCAUCUCUGAGGAGGAAACGGUGGUCACAGAGUGACGAUGAGCAAACUGGCCAUACUACCGUACUAAAUAAUGGGCGUAGUACCAUUGUCGGAUCCAAUCCAACUUUCAAUGGUUACUUACAUGGUUCGAUAAGAAACGACACGCAACGUGAUGCACCCAACAAUCGAACUACCGUCCUGACAAGCAAUAAUCGUAGUCUGAGUCCUAAUAAUUCGCUCGAGAGCUAUGGCCCAUGGUCGAUUCGUCGUUACACAGUCACGCCUAAUCAGAUGCGAUGGAUCGGCGAGCUCUCGCGAAGAAAUUCGUUGCGCGGAUACGAGAAUGUCCAGACGUCCGCGAGGAAAACGCUGCCGUUGGACGAGAUGCUCGCACCAUCCUCGACUCCGCGCACGAUUAACAAUCUCUCAAUGGAGACUGGUCCACUGCCGAGAAUCAAACGACUUCCCGAACAAGAGGAGGAGCGUAUGAGAACGGGUGGCGAGACACCGCCAUCGCACAGCCACGGAAGCGCAAGCAGCGUCGAGAGAAUCAAAAAGAUAUUCAUGUUCUUUGAACCCAAGGGUUGCCUACAAGAACGCGAACAUUUUUCCUUGUAUCUAUUCCCGCCAAAUAAUAGAUUUCGCAUCUUUUGUCAAUGGUUCGUCGAUCAAAAAUGGUUUGAUAACGUGGUACUGCUAUUUAUUGGAUUGAAUUGUAUUACUCUGGCGAUGGAGAGACCUAAUAUACCGCCGGACAGCCGCGAGAGGAUUUUUCUAUCCUCCGCGAAUUACAUUUUUACUGCUGUCUUCGCGAUCGAGAUGUUCAUUAAGGUUGUCGCAACGAGUAUGUUGUAUGGUCCAGACGCGUAUUUUACUUCGGGAUGGAACAUCAUGGAUGGAUCUCUCGUUAUCAUUUCCAUAAUCGAUUUGUUGAUGUCGCUACUCUCAUCUAGCAGUCCCAGGAUAUUCGGAAUACUGAGGGUAUUUAGAUUAUUAAGAUCACUGAGACCUCUACGAGUCAUCAAUCGCGCACCCGGUUUAAAACUAGUCGUGCAAACAUUGCUGUCUUCGUUACGGCCCAUCGGCAAUAUCGUCCUGAUUUGCUGCACGUUCUUCGUGAUUUUUGGUAUUCUUGGAGUACAACUUUUCAAAGGUGCAUUUUAUUAUUGCGAAGGUCCAGACAUUAAAGAUGUGCGUAAUAAAACGGAUUGUCUGGCCGACAAGAGAAACGUGUGGUUAAACCGAAAGUACAAUUUCGAUGAUCUCGGCAAAGCUCUCAUGUCGUUGUUUGUCUUAUCGUCGCGGGAUGGAUGGGUGAACAUCAUGUACACCGGUUUAGAUGCCGUUGGAGUUGACCAGCAGCCCAUUGAAAAUUAUUCCGAAUGGCGACUGUUGUACUUCAUCGCGUUCAUACUGUUGGUGGGUUUCUUCGUACUGAACAUGUUCGUCGGAGUGGUGGUAGAAAAUUUUCACAGGUGCCGCGAGGAACAGGAGAAAGAAGAGCGCGUUCGAAGAGCGGCCAAGCGUGCAUUACAGAUGGAGAAAAAGAGACGAAGUGAGUGGCCGCUAGGGGCUUCACUAGAGAUGCACGAGCCACCAUAUUACAACACUUACUCCAAGUCGCGGCUGUUCGUACACAAUGUUGUGACAUCCAAGUACUUCGAUCUGGCGAUUGCCGCCGUCAUCGGUCUCAACGUCGUUACGAUGGCGAUGGAGUUUUACAUGAUGCCGAAAGCUCUCACCUAUGCAUUGAAGAUAUUCAAUUACUUCUUUACCGCUGUCUUUAUUCUUGAAUCGAUCAUGAAGCUGGUUGCUCUCGGUGCUCACCUCUAUCUCAAGGAUAAAUGGAAUCAGUUAGAUGUGGGAAUAGUUAUAUUAUCAGUGGUGGGCAUUGUGUUAGAAGAAGUCGAAUCUAAGAUCAUUCCUAUUAAUCCCACGAUAAUUCGCGUGAUGCGAGUGUUGCGGAUAGCUCGAGUGUUGAAGCUACUAAAAAUGGCGAAGGGCAUACGUGCCCUUUUGGAUACGGUGAUGCAAGCUUUACCUCAAGUUGGCAAUUUAGGAUUGCUAUUUUUCCUGCUUUUCUUUAUAUUUGCUGCCCUAGGAGUAGAAUUGUUCGGCCGACUAGAAUGCAAUGAUGAGAUGCCUUGUCAAGGCCUCGGCGAGCACGCGCACUUUAGUAACUUUGGCAUGGCCUUCUUGACGCUUUUCCGAGUCGCCACUGGUGACAACUGGAAUGGAAUCAUGAAGGACACGCUGAGGGACGAUUGCGAUGACGCUGCAGAUUGCGUUAAAAAUUGUUGCGUGAGCAGCAUUAUUGCUCCAAUAUUUUUUGUCAUUUUUGUUCUGAUGGCGCAAUUUGUACUAGUGAACGUUGUCGUCGCUGUGCUGAUGAAACAUCUGGAAGAAAGUCACAAACAGAUGGAAGACGAACUAGAUAUGGAAACACAGUUGGAGAGAGAGCUGGCCGCAGAGCAGGAAGAACUUCUUGAGGUGGAAGAAGAAGAUGAUGAAAAUGUACCGAUAAGUCGUAGAAUAGAUCGUGACGAUGACGAGGAUGAUGAAGAGCGUGAAUCUAUGGUGGGAAACGACAAGAUAUCUGCUGUGAGACCGGGAUUAGCCAAAGUUCGCUCCUUACCUGCGAAUUUCAUUUAUAAUCCGCCGAGGGAGAGAAAUAUCGAAGAUGCUUCGAUUUCCGUAUCUUUGGAUGAGAAACGUCGUAGUUCGUAUUACCGCAGACCGUCCAAAUUCAAGUCAAAACGCCGGCAAACGUUCCAUUCAAGUCAUCAUCAGCGAAGGUCGUUGCUGCCAAUGCACUUUGAGGUCGCUGAAGUCUUCGAGAAGCCUGUGAGCAACCUAAGUGUGCCUCGAAUUAUUCCACAUCGCAGUUACACCACAGCUAGUCAAGAUUCCAGUCACGCACAACGUCAGAAGUUGCCGGUGAUUACCAGCGAAACUCGCGAAAAUAAGUCCUUCUUGAGCGUGAGCAAGCCGCCGACUAGUUCAUCGCUGGUCACUUCCACCGGUUCGAGCAGCACCCUAAGCGUCCCGCCCAAGUUGACCAGCGAUCGUUAUUUAAUGCCCACCCCCGAGAUCUACCCGUCCAAGGCGACGAUGAGGCGCCGGACGUCGAGCGAUACGCAAUCGCCAUCGCAAUCCGACACGAGUGCAAGUGCGUCCGGUCGGACGUCUGGCAUCGCGAACGGUUACGCCGGUGGCAAAGCUCGGUUAGAGGAACCAAAACCGAAAGCAGAGGAGAAAAGUCACGCGGCAGCGGUACCAGCAACCGAUGACUUUGACGUACAAUCCGUCAUCAACGAGAGGAGACCACCGAAGCUGAAGACUACUCGGAGCGGAGUCGGAGCGACGUCCGCCACCACCAGCGUUGCCAGCGAUCAGUACAGCACGUUUAUGCGUGGCGAGGGUUACAGCCACAUCUAUGUCACCACCGAUGACAGAUCCGACGAUGUUCCAUCACCUUGUGGCAACGUGAGCGAGAGUACCGGCACCGGCAGUCUGAGCGUCGUUGCUAGCAUUAGUGCCGGUGGCAGUGCCGCCGGUAGCGGCAGCAUGGCUGGCAGCAUCAGCAGCGGUAGCGGUAGCCGAAGCGGUGGCAGUGGCGGUGGCGGUAGCGGUAGCGGUAGCGGUGGCGGUGGAGGCGGUGGGGUUCACAUUGGCGAGGGUGGCGCGAUCGGAUCCGAUGUGAGAAUCUACGUGGACGACACGGACUCGGCGAGUAGCAGCAACAAACGUCGCCGCGGCGAGAGGUUGCGUGAUGACGAGACCCUGGAUGCGUCGACUACCAUCUCUUCUACCACGACGAUGAGGGAUGCUUGUGGAGGCAGCGGUGGCGUCGGCGGUGGCGGUAGCGCUAGCGGUAGCGGUAGCGGUAGCGGCGGCAUGGACGAAGGCAAGGAGACACCUGAGAGACCGUCCUCCGCCGGUAGACCACUGGACCCCUCUUAAUCCACAUACAUACGUACACGCAUCCAUACACACAUAUACACAUACGUACAUAGAACGAACGAGCCGAAGUAGUCUCUAGUCUCUAUGUAGCGGCGGGAGGUUUCUAAGACGAAGCGUGAUACCUUACGAUGGAGAAACCAUGAUGAUGAAGUCAUGGAAGGGCUCUAAGAAAGACUGUAGUGCAUGACAAUAUAGUCGUUAUACUCUAGUCACUUCGCCGCCGUGAACUUGCCAAAACGAACAAGUCGAGUAUUUAGAGUGGUUGAAGUUUGCGAGAUUAAAGGGGAAAAAGAGAUAGAGAGAGGGAGUAUGUGAGAAGAACAUCCGUCGCGCGAGCGAGAUAUAUUCGCGUGAACAAGACGAUAUAAUUAGGAGAUUCUACCGAUGCGUAGCGCACAGUUAUGCGUGUGCGACGCGUAACGCAACUUGAAAACCUAUGACAAUCUCUUAUUGCCAACGGAACGGAUCUCGUCUGUUCCGUUUCCGCAGCGUCGUGGAAGUCGAUACGUAGGAAUCGGUAGGAAGAAGAACGACGUAGACCGCGUCGAAAAAAUUAGAGGGGGAGAGAAUUUCAGUAGUUUAUAGCUAGAUCUUACGUCGAGUUUACGCGACAAAAACUGCAAUUAAUUGGACCACAUUGUCUCGCCUUUUCUUACUCUCUAACUUCUGAAAAUUGCGCGCGGUUUGCCGAUCGGAAGUUAAAGAUAACGCGCGGUAUUCUUCCGCGCUAAUGUUUGAGCUAAUCGAACGACUCGAGCUUUAACAAUUGAGACUCGAAUCUUUAAUUGUUUGGAUCUUUCGCAUUGCUCGAGUUUGACUCUGUACAAAUUGUGAUGUCUACAAUCGAUAAAAUAUAAAUUAUAUCCCUUUGAUUUAACUAAACUAAUAGUUAAUUGACCAAAUUGGUAUAGGACUGAGGAUGUAAAUUUUUUUGUGUUGUAUUGUCAACAGCAAUCAGAAUGGUCAAAUUUAUGCAAUUGCAAAUUUAUCUAGUAUUUGGAAAUGAUUAUAUAUAUAUAUAUAUAUAUAUAUAUAUAUAUUUGGAAAUAAUAAUUUUAUGUUUAAAUGCUGGAAUAAUAUGUAAAAUGAAGAAUAUGUUGAAUUUUUAUAGUUAAUUUAUUUGGAUUACAUUCAGGUGUUUUAAAUGUUUGUGAUCGAUCGUUCGUGAAGAUCAUGAUUAUCCGAUCGGCGUUUAGGAAUCGUGAUUUAUCUUCGUUCCGUUUACUUCACUUUUCUCACACUCUUCUAGAGCGUUCUUCUCGUUGACAUCUGUGAUAUACUUUAAUCGUAGUGUAUUUCCUAACGGUAACAGAGCGCAAAUAUCAGCAUGAAACUGUAACAUCAGCACCAGCAGCAGCAGCAGCAACAGCGACAGAGCAAAGUACAGCAACAAUUUAGGGACGUAGCUGACUUUUUAAUAAAACGAAGACCGAUGUCUGGGAGUGGCUUUCGCGGGGAAUAAAUAGAGAGAAACAAAACAGAGAUAAAUAGGAACUCUAUACUGUACAUACAUACACUUACGAAUAUUCUAUACUCUACACUUGGUGUGGUUUAUUUUGAUACUACCGCGUGCGGUAAUAUAUUUAACAAUUGUCGAAGUAAAUCUAAAUAAAAAAAAGAAGAAAAGUAAAAGUAAAAUAACUCUAUGCCUUUUACGAGCGUUGACGAACCUUCGUGCGGUGGUGGUGCCCGCGUUCUUUUCUUUUCAUUUGCAAGAGAGCGACUAACAGCUCUCACAUCAUUCUUCGUCGAAUUGAAAGUGUAGUCGCUAAAACUGCGUUAACAUGCACCGCGUUGCUUCAAAAAAAGAACAAACAUUAUUUGCGAUCGUUGAUUGCUUGGUUGAUACUGCGCUUCAUUUAAAAAAUCUAACAAAAUUUCUGGUCGCGCGGGCGAUGUCUCUGCGUCGAGCUUAAGCGCAAUUUCUGGUUUGAAUGUUAAUCAUCGGACUUCGAUGGAAGCAUUUUGCAAAAGACGUGAUGAUUCUGUACAAUUGCGCUUAACGCUAGAACGGUUAAGCACCUAUUAUUUAAAAAGAUAUUUUAUUCUCUGUAUCAUAGAUUCCUCAAAAUUAUUUAGAGACUUAAGUUUAAGCUUGAAAUUAUUCGUCUAGCCUAAUUCUAAUCUUUAUAAAUAAAAAUAUUCAAAUUAUACUUGCAUAAUUAUACUUUAAAUGUAGCAAUCAAUUAUUGAAGCUUCUGUACUUCUGUACUUUGUUAUUCCUUCAUUAUGAAAUGAAGAAUGUAGAAGAAAGUAAGAGAGAAUCCUCAAUGCUAAGUCUGCUUUUUUCUAACAAAGUCUGUUACUAAUAUUAAAAUUAAAAUUUCUUUGUACGUAAAGUUAUAAACUUUAUUGGUGAAAAGAUAUGUACAUUAGAACAAAUAACCGUAACCGUUCUAAUGAUGAAUCUCGACUCAGAAAUAAGAAAUAAGAAAUAUGAAGAAGAGCAAUGAACGCCUUCAGAUUGACACAUCGGAUCAUGUUAGACGUCUUAAAGGAAGCACGUAGAUAAUAACGUAUGCCAUGUAUUUUACGUAUAUAUAUAUACGCGCGUCUCUUCGGCACCACAACCGGCUCUCGAUAGCUCGAUAGCGUUAGACGACUGACCUCCGAAUUAUAGUUACUCUAGCCAUGCGUCGAUCGCGGUCGUGCGCGAGUUCGCCGAUCAGCGACACACGUGUCGAUAGUGCGGCAAUUGUAAACUGUCAAAAAGAAAAAGAUGAGAUAUGCGGAGGAACGUCGAUGGACAAAUCAAUGCGAAGAAAAAUCUCUCAGUCAUGCAAUCAUGUGUAACGAAGAUAAAUAGCAUCGAAAUUCCCCUCAUAUUUCUUAAGUCUAUUCUGCAUUUAUAGAGAAGGCCAAAUGUAAUCAUCGAAACAAAAAACAGAGUAAAAUUGAUUGAUUUAACAAAAGGCAUUACAAACAAAUAAAAGGUAGAAACUAAGAUUUAUUAUCGGUUUGCCUCAAUCGUUAUCUAUAUAUUGCCCGAGUAUUUUAGUUAAAAAUGUUGAUCGAUGUCCAUGGUGCCGCCAGCAAGCAUUCUUUUGUCCAAUUGAUGUUCCAUGCGUACAUUCGUAUGUACUUGAGGUUGGUGAUGGGAAACGGUUUCCGGCCUCGUCCAUUUUUCACUGGACGAAGCUUGAUACAAUGCGAAGUACGUGUGUGACGGAGAACGCGUGAGAAAAGAUUCGAGAUAGCGGAGUUAGAGGUGAACUAAAUAUGUACAAAUGUAAUAAAUCGAGCGACGAUUACGUU